UUCGACUUUGAGGUUAUAGUGAAUUACCGUCUGAUUUCCUUGCUUUAACUUGGGCUGCUCUUCUUUUGUCAAAUAAAUAAUUAUCUGUGCAUAAAAAUGGCUUUAUCUGUACCAAAAGCACCCGGCAUUUCGCAAAUGCUCAAGGAUGGCGCCCGGAUGUACAGUGGAUUGGAGGAGGCAGUCUAUCGCAACAUUAGCGCCUGCAAGGAAUUCUCACAGACAAUGCGUUCCGCCUAUGGCCCAAAUGGCAUGAACAAAAUGAUCAUUAAUCACAUCGAAAAACAGUUUGUGACUAGCGAUGCUGGGACAAUAAUGCGUGAACUCGAUGUGGAGCAUCCGGCUGCCAAGCUCAUUGUGAUGGCCAGUCAAAUGCAGGACGCUGAGGUCGGUGAUGGCACAAAUUUUGUUGUGGUUUUUGCGGGUGCUCUCCUCGAAUCGGCGGAGGAGUUGCUUAGACUAGGCAUUACCACAGCGGAGAUCGCGGAUGGCUAUGAGAAGGCGCUAAACAAGGCACUGGACAUUUUGCCCAAGCUAGUAUGCCAUCAAAUCGAAGACUAUCGUGAUGUGGUUAAAGUGAAGGAGGUGCUGCGAUCGGCGAUUAUGUCGAAACAAUACGGACAGGAGGAUUUCCUCAAUGAUCUGUUGGCCAAAGCAUGUGUCUCCAUUUUGCCCGAUGAGGGCACCUUCAAUGUGGACAAUAUUCGCAUCUGUAAAAUUCUUGGCAGUGGUCUGGCUAAGUCGGAAGUGGUCCGUGGCAUGGUCUUCAAGCGAUUUGUCGAGGGCGACGUCACUUUCGCGGAGAAGGCAAAAGUUGUCAUCUUCUCAUGCCCCGUCGACAUUAUACAGACGGAGACCAAAGGCACUGUCCUCAUCAAGUCAGCGGAUGAGCUAUUGAAUUUCUCUUCGGGCGAGGAAGGUCUAUUGGAGACCCAAAUCAAAGCUAUUGCCGAUACGGGCGUCAAGGUUGUCGUCUCUGGCGGCAAAGUCGGUGAUAUGGCUUUGCAUUUCCUGAACAAAUACAAUUUGAUGGCUGUCCGUCUGAAUUCCAAAUUCGAUUUGCGCCGCUUGAGCCGCGCCGUAAAUGCCACAGUUCUGCCUCGCAUCACGACUCCCAGCCAGGAGGAGUUGGGCUACUGCGACAAGGUCUGCAUUGAGGAGCUCGGCGAUACCACAAUUGUCGCAUUCAGAAAUGAGGGCAAGGACUCGCGCAUUUCCACGAUUGUUAUACGCGGAGCCACAGAUAACUUUAUGGAUGAUAUCGAGCGCGCCUUAGAUGAUGGUGUCAAUAACUUUAAAUGUUUAACCCGUGAUGGUCGUUAUCUGCCCGGAGCAGGUGCCACCGAGAUAGAGUUGGCCACCCAGUUGGCUGCCUAUGCUGAUACUUUGCCUGGUUUGGAUCAAUACGCUGUGCGCAAAUUUGCAACUGCCCUCGAAGUGUUCCCCAAAGCCUUGGCCGAGAAUUCGGGCACCAAUGGCACCGAGAUUGUUAAUCAGUUGUAUUUGGCCCACAAUUCGCCGAAGGGCAAAAAUAUCGGUUACGAUAUUGAGGCGGAGAAACCGACGACAAUCGAUGUAACCGAAGCGAAACUCUUUGAUCUGUAUCAGGCCAAAUAUUGGGGACUUAAGUAUGCCGUUGGUGCAGCUGGAACCAUCCUUAAAGUGGACCAGAUCAUCAUGGCCAAGCGUGCCGGUGGCCCAAAGCCACGACAGGCUGCAGGCAGCGAUGAUGAAAGUUAAAAAAUACAACCCUACAAAAAUAAAACAACAUUCGCUUUAAAAUGUAAAGCUUAAUUGUUUAAGUUUAGCCCAUGGCGAAUACAAAACACCCAUUAUAAUGUAUUUUUUCACACACGAGUUGGAAAUUUCAAAUUUCAUCAAUAACACACACUCACACACACCAGCGACGCACACACUCUCAUCAAACACAGCUUCUUGUAUUAAUAAACUAAACUUUAAAAAAACUGAA